UUCACUUGCAUUUCGAGCGCGCAGGCGACUGGUUGGAGCUACUCGUCCGGAGACAGAAGUACCAAGUGGCAGUACCGAAAGCGAGUGGCCCAAAGUAUUGGAGAUUUUUUGGAGUGACGCCUCUCGUGCGGGUUUGUUUUGCGUCGGACUUUCUGGCGGAGCGGAAACGAUUUCGGUGUGAAAAUUUGCAUAAAAUUGCGCCCGCGAAACCGACAAAGAAACGAAAAAAGCGUUGAGGAAACCAAUUUAAAGCCUUUUGGGCAGUUUUCAAGCUUGCAAAGUGCGUGUGAAACCCGUUGCGGAAUUUAUAUAACCCUCGAAAAAGGACUUCUUCCGCUACCUCUUGUAGUACUACUCUCGUUUAAUUACUAAUUGCAAAAUGCAGCCCCUGAAGCGCUUCACACAAUGCGGCAGUCUGACCAUGCUCUUCGGCAUCUUCAUCAUCCUCUUCGGGGUCAGUUCCACGGCACUGACCACUUUUGGCAAGACCAACAACCAGCCGCCGCCCACGCACGUCCCAAUUGUUAAAGGACGAGAGUGCAGUGCCCACGACGAUUGCACGGCGAUAGAUCGCACCAGUUGCGUCAAGGAUCCCAAUGACUACAAGUUGCGUUGCCUCUGCGGCGACGACUCGCCUCCUUCGGCUGGCAGCUGUCCGGAUGUCCUCAAAGGGCUGCGUCACAAGUGCAACAGCAACAACGACUGCGAGGACGGGAUGGUGUGCCAGUUCGAGAAUAGCAACCGCACCAUCGGAGUGGCCAAGUUCAUGUCCAGCAAGACCAAGCUGUGUCUCUGCGACAACGACAACGGAUAUGUGGAGGACAUCCUGCAUGACAUCUGCAGCGGAGCCAAUCUUCAGGGACUGGUCAGCUUCUUGGUCUCGAUCUGCUCGCUCCUGGCGCCGUUCUUGGUUUCCGCCCACAUGCGAAAGCAUUUCUAGAAGGCGAUCGACGAAAGCGGAAGCGGAAGUCGUAGUUUGGCGUUUAUCUACCCCAGUGAUCCAUCAAAUGUGCCUCAGUGAAACCAACAGAAACAAAAGAUCAUCCUUCCCCUACCCCUUCCCCUCACAUAUGAAAACCG